UCUCCAAUCUCCAUUGCCUCUAUCCCUUGUCUAGUCUCUCAUCAGUUUUCCCUUCCCUUUGAUCAUUUUCAUAUCUGGCCUUCUCUCUCGAUUUUUGUUAAACCAUUCGUCAUUUUUUUUGGUUUAGUUUUCAUGGUUGAAAUACACAACAUCUUUUUUGAAUGAUAUAAGAAAAGGAAGGAGGAAGGCCAAGAAUGUUUUCUGACACCUCAAGUUUGCCUCCAAAAAUAGGCAACAUGACCCAUUCGGACCCCAACAUUUGCUCCGCAGCCACAGAUGAUGAAAUGGCCGCCCGGCACAGCAGCUUCUCAGGCUAUGAUGUUAGCCGGUUGAGCGGCGAGAUGUCCCCCAUGACGAUGUCUCCCUGGAACCAAAAUUCACUUUUUACCCAGUCCCCAUGGUCCAAAUUUGAUGAAAAUGUGCCACAAAAUGUCCCUCAGAAUGGCCUCAUCGGUUCGCUUGUUCGCGAAGAAGGCCACAUAUAUUCAUUGGCCGCGAAAGAGGACCUUCUUUACACGGGUUCGGACAGCAAGAACAUCCGUGUUUGGAAGAAUAUGAAGGAAUUUACAGCAUUCAAAUCCAACAGCGGCCUUGUUAAAGCCAUUAUCAUCUCCGGGGACAAGAUCUUUACGGGUCAUCAGGAUGGAAAGGUUCGUGUGUGGAAGAUUAAUCCUAAGAACCCCAGUGUCCACAAGCGUUCAGGGACUUUACCAACUUUCUUUGAUAUCUUCAAAGCCUCAAUGAAACCUAGUAACUAUAUCGAGGUCAAACGUAAACGGACUGCCCUCUGGAUCAAGCAUGUUGAUGCCAUUUCUUGCUUGAGCAUGAACCAAGAACAAGGGCUUCUUUAUUCUGCCUCGUGGGACAGGACGUUUAAGGUUUGGAGGGUCGAAAACUCGAAAUGCCUGGAAUCUGUUAAAGCCCAUGAUGAUGCGGUUAAUUCCGUUGUGGCCAGUCUGGAAGGAUUGGUGUAUACAGGAUCCGCCGAUGGGACUGUUAAGGUUUGGAGAAGAGAAUCCAGUGGUAAAACAGUAAAGCAUCAUUUUAUUCAAACCCUCUUGACUCAAGAAUGUGCAGUGACUGCUUUAGCUGUGAAUAAAUCAGGAUCGGUGGUUUAUUGCGGCUCAUCAGAUGGGCUUGUCAACUUUUGGGAACGUGAGAAGGAAUUGACCCAUGGUGGUGUCUUAAAGGGUCACAAACUGGCCGUCCUCUGCCUGACUGCAGCAGGGAACUUGGUUUUCAGUGGAUCGGCAGACAAAACCAUAUGCGUCUGGAGGAGGGAAGGAAAUGUUCAUACCUGUCUCUCUGUCUUGACUGGUCAUACUGGACCAGUCAAGUGCCUGGCGGCUGAGGAGGACAAAGACUCCUCCACCGGUGAUCAGCGGUGGGUGGUUUAUAGUGGAAGUCUUGAUAAAUCAGUUAAGGUCUGGAGCGUUUCUGAGACAGCACCAGAUUUGCGCCAUAUGGGUAACAUGCAACCAGGCCAGGGUGAUUCUCCUUGGGACUCGAUACCUUCAGCAAAGUAUUGAUUACAAUUUACAACAGACCUGGAGGAGUCAGUCAUUCAUCAAAGUUUGGUCGACGAUCCCGGUAAUUAAUUGCUAAUCCAUGAUAUUGCGAUAGUCUUUUGUUGGAUAAAAUCGUGAAACAGGUGCGAGAGAGAUCUUGAUUCUGGACUUGAAAGGACCAAUGCUAAUGUGAUAGUCAUGAGCGGAUGGAUGAUUAUGGACGACUGAAACAGUGUAUGGAGAAUUUACAAUUCGCGAAUAAAACUUGCUUGUAAUUUAAGAACUACUUUAGCCUAGGAUCGUUUAUUUAUAGAAAGUUCUUGAUACA